GCAGAAUUUGUCCUUGUAUUGUAUUAUAAUCAUAGCGCUAGUUUCAAGCCUCACGCUAGGAAACAGCGUUUCCCAGUCCUGGCUCUAAAGGUUCUUCAACAAAGCUAACUCAAGGUAUGUUAGGCGCUAUUCGACAUCUAAAGACGUUUAUUUAAGCUCCAUGUCUGUCAGACAUUUUUCAUUCGUUUAAAUACAGCCCCUUCCCCCAUAUCAAGGCACCGGCCGCCGCGCAACCCCACACACCGUGCAUCUCCAGGCUGAAGCGCCAACGCAACGAUUGCCAAACUGACUAAGCGCGAAGCUCCAUCCCACCAUCAUCAUCUGAGCUCGAGCUCCGACCUCGUCAACGAACACCACAUCAGCCCCUGCUCGUGAACUCGCCGUCAUGUUCCGCAACAACUACGACAACGACGCCGUCACUUUCUCGCCUCAGGGCCGCAUCUUCCAGAUCGAGUACUCGGAGGAGGCUGUCAAGCAAGGAUCUGUGGUUGUCGGCAUCGCAAGCAAGAAACAUGUUGUCCUCUGCGCAAUCAAGCGUAAUGCCGAGGAACUCUCCUCCUACCAGAAGAAGCUCUUCGCCAUCGACGAGCACUGCGGCAUCGCCAUUGCCGGUCUGACGUCCGACGCCCGAGUCCUCUCCAACUUUAUGAAGCAGCAAGCCCUUGGCCACCGCCUCACAUACGGGCGGGCCAUGCCCGUCGCCUCCCUGGUCGACGAGAUUGGCACCAAAGCACAGAUCAACACACAGAUGUACGGCAAGCGACCCUAUGGCGUGGGACUGCUGGUAGCGGGCGUCGAUGAGGACGGCACCCAUCUCUUCGAGUUCAAGCCCUCGGGGAUGACGGAGGAGCUCGUCGGCUGUGCCAUUGGCGCGAGGAGUCAGAUGGCGAGGACGUACCUGGAGAAGAACAUUGACGCCUUUGCCGACGCGUCCAAAGAGGAGUUGAUCAAGCAUGGUCUGCAGGCGCUCCACGAGACCCUGGUGCAGGACAAGGAACUCACCAUUGACAACACGGCCGUGGGCGUGACGGGGUUCAAGGAGGGGUCGAAGAACAAGGCGGAGCCCUUCAAGCUGUACGAGGCGGCAGAGGUCAAGCAGUGGUUGGACGCGAUCAGCGAAUCCAAAGAAGGGAACGAGGGCGAGGGAAUGGAUGUGGAUGAAUAGUCUUACGAAAUAUUACAAGUAAUGACUUAUGAGGCGCCGGCGUUAAUAGACAGGAAUUGACCUCUCUCCUGGCUCUAAU